UAAUAUAGGAAUUUAUUAAAUUCGCGGCUGCAAAUACAAAGAGACUAUUGUCACAUGGGCGGUGGAUUAGAUCAUUUAAGCAACUGUCAGUUUCUAAGAUUCGAUACAUAAAAAUAGUUCUUCUGAUUUUUAAAUGUGAAUUAAUAAAGCAAUUUAUAUUUAGGUAUUAAGAAUAUUUGUGAUAAAAUAAUUCAGAAUGGCUUACAGUUCUCAAACAUAUGGGUCCACAGAUCAACGGACAGAUGUACCUGAUGUAGGAUUUAGUCCUACUGAACUUUAUAGUCUCAGUGAAAAUAUUACAACUAAUAUAUAUACAAUUAAUACAAGUUGGAGAACACUUGAACGAGCAUAUAAAAAUGUUGGAACCAAUAAAGAUAAUCAGGGUCUAAGAGAUAAGGUGCAUGUCACACAAUUAAGCACAAAUCAAGUAGUAACACAAACAAGCAAAGAUAUUGCAAGACUGACAGUGUUAAUGAGGCGAGGUGAUAAACAACAGAAAUUGCAAAUUGAGAAACUCACUACUGAUUUCAAGGAUGCUUUGCAAAGAUAUUCAGAUAUGCAAAAGUCAAUUGUGGAAAAAAUGAAGAGGCAUAUUUUGCUUACAACUAGUAUAGAAAAUCCUAUGAAUUCAGAAGAAGAAGAACAACAACGUUUACUUCAAGCUCAGGAGGAUGAACACAGAGUGACACAAAGGAAUCUUGAAUUUCAACAAGGGUUACUGUUAGAAAGAGAAGAUAGAAUAAAACGGAUCGAAGGAGAUAUUUUGGAUGUGAACCAAAUAAUGCGUGAAUUGGCAGCAUUGGUAUAUCAGCAAGGAGAUACAAUCAAUACAAUAGAUAAUCAUAUAGAAAAUGUACAUGGAAAUGUUGAACUAGGAGCACAAGAGUUAAUCAAGGCAAGUAAUUACCAAAGUAAAUAUCGACGAAAAGUUUUUGUCCUAUUGUUACUCGCAAUCAUAGUCGUUAUUAUAUUAAUUAUUGUUCUAGUCACUAAAUUAAGUUAGCGCUCCUAAUUAUCCUAGAUACUGCGAGCGAAUAGAAAGGGUUGUCUCAAUCUAUUUUACUGAUUGUAGAAGUAAUAUUAUGGAAAAAUAUAAAUUGUCAGUUUAUGUAUCGGACAUGCAAUAUGGGGAGAGGAUAGACUUAUUUUAUAUUCAUUUGUAAAUUGAUUAAUUCAAAUGCAUUAUUUUUGUUUAUCUUUGAACUUGUAAACAUAGAUGGUUUUCAUUGCAUAUUUGUUUCUUAUUUUCAUUUUAAAUUUAAUAAUUUAAUUUAAUUCAAUUAAAAUUUAAUAAUUUAAAUUAAAAUUACAUGUACAAAAGUAUUAAAUAUCUGCAUUAUUCUUUAUAACAUUUGUAAUAGAAACAAAUCUUUAUUUUUGUACAUGAAAAAAUUAACACAAUAUUGAUUAUUAUAAAGAAAUAAUUUUGUUGUACCUGUAAACUAUUAUUUAGCAAAAUCUUCGAUAAAUCAUUUUAAUUGUAUUAUAUAUUAUUUUCACAAUAAAUUGUACAGCAUUAUAAAUACAGCAAGUGUUUAAGUAAAAUAUUAAUGUUAUAUUAUAAUUUUCAAAUUUGGUAACAUAUAUUGUUUACUAAAAAAAAAUUUAAAUUAAAAUUAUAUACUCUACUAAUUAAUUACAACAAUUUGAUCCUUACCAUCAUUGAAUAAUUAUUUAUUUAUUAAACAAUUUUUUAAAUAAUAAAAUUAUUAUUUAUUUAUCUUGAAAAUUCUAUUAAAAAAUAUUUUCAAUAUUUCAUGACAUCAAUAUUAAAGAAUUAUAAAUAAAUACAUAAAGUAAUUAUAAGAUAUGAAUUUGAAUAUAUGAAAUAAAUAAUGUGGCACUAAAAUGAUCAAUAUUAAAAAAUUAGUAUAGACAAUAUAUUAUAAACAAAUUUUUUGUUUGCAUUUUCUUAACUAUGCAUUACAAAUAAGUGUUACUUUAUAAUGUUUUUACUUAAAAUGUAAUUUUCUAUUGCAUAUACUUUGUUACUCAUAAAUGUUACCUAUAGCUCUUGCUCAAUUUUUAUUAAUCAAUAGAGUACAAUGAAAAGUGAUAAGUAAAAAUUAUAUUUUACAAAAUAACAAAAAAUUUAUGUUUUAUUAUUAUAUUAUAUAUAAAUAAAAUAAAUAAAAUAAAAUUAAAAAAUGCUAUGUUAAUUUAUUAUAAAAAUAAUAUCAUAUAUUAAUAUGAUAUUAAUAUUAUAUAAAAUAUUAAUAUUAAUAUUAUAUGAAUUAAUAUAAUUAUAUUUUUUUUUAUUUCAAUUUAGAAAUAUAAAUUCUUAAAGUGGAAAUUAAAUUAUAAUCAUAUCAAUUACUUAUUGCUUUUCAUUUUUUUUACAUAUGUUCAAAGUUAUGUAUAAAUUAAUAUAUAUUUGUAUAUGUGUAUACAACUUCUUUUACAGAUUAGUCACUUCAAUAUAAAAUAUGUGAUAUUAAGGAAAAAAUAAUGAUUUAUGUUUUUUAUUUUAUGUAUUUGAUUUUUUACUUUUUUAUAUAUAUAUGAAUACAGGUACUAAGAGAAAAUAUUAAAAAUAUGCAUUGUAUUACAAAAUCUUUAUCAUAACACAUAGAAAACACUUAUUGUUUUUCCAAAACUGUUUUCAAGUUCACAUUUUCAAAAAAAAUAUAUUAUUAUUGUAAUUAUUAUUGUUUUAUUGAAACAAAAACUUCUAUAAACAUAUAAGGAAUGACAAAAACAUCAUAUUUUAGUCUAAGUAUAAUUAAAUUGUAUAAAUUGUGAAUAUAUGAUUUUUUAUAACCAUUCUUUAAUAGAAUUAUGAUAUUGUUUAUUAUGGAUUAUUAUAUACUUUGGUAAAGCAUGCAACAUUAAUAAUAAAAAAAAAAAUAAAUAAUACAAUUAAUUAUCGUAAGAUUGAGACAACCAUUUUCUUCAAUGUUUUUUUGUGAAUCGAUUUGACUCUUAUAUGAUUAUUAGGCAUUCCAAAAUCUAAAAAUCCAGUGUGAUUAUAUUAUUAUUAAGGUUAUAACUUGAAUAUUGUAUAUAUAUAUAACUAACCACUGACAUUCAAAAUAAAUUGCAUUAUAUAU